AUGCCACCUAAGGUUAGUGGGAAGGCAGCAAAGAAGGCCGGUAAAGCCCAGAAGAAUAUUGUUAAAGGAGACAAGAAGAAGAAGCGCAAGAGGAAGGAGAGCUAUGCCAUCUACAUCUACAAAGUGUUGAAGCAGGUCCAUCCUGACACUGGCAUCUCUUCCAAAGCCAUGACGAUCAUGAACAGCUUCGUCAACGACAUUUUUGAACGCAUUGCUGGAGAAUCCUCUCGUCUUGCUCACUACAACAAGCGAUCUACCAUCACAAGUCGCGAAAUCCAGACGGCUGUCCGCCUUCUUCUGCCUGGUGAAUUGGCAAAACACGCCGUGUCUGAAGGCACAAAGGCUGUGACUAAGUACACAAGUACUAAGUAG